AUGAUCUGCGGGAUCUCCUCCGGCUUCGAUAUUGUCCCGUCUCUUAGCGGCCUCAGCUCAGGUUGUGGCACCCUGCUCAAGACAACGCGGUUGAGGGCGAACGACUCGCUCACGCCCGACCAGGUCGAGUGCCACUACCGCGGGAACUUCCACUCGUGGUCUCGAGCUCUCUGCAUCACGACGGACCUCUCGCGGCAGUCAACUAUCACCUACCGCUACCAGGCCGAAGAAUCACUAUACCAGCACCUCAACGGCGUCUGUGUGAUCUCCACGGUGGCCUGCAGCGGCAAGUCUUCUUUCACCCGGCCAAUAUGGCGCGCGCCGGUGUUUCAUCGACUUGGGUUACGAGCCCGCCAACCGGCAGAGCACCGCCGAUUUCCUCGUCGCUGUGACCAAUCCGAACGGACACAUCGUGAGCUUCGGGUUUCUGGGUUCGAGCAGCGUGUUAUGCGCUACCGCCAAAAAGCCCGCACAUCCCGCACAUCGGAGUUGUGCGAGGGCUUCCCCGAGGAGUUCAACAUCUAUCUCAACUAUGUCCACAAACUCGGUUUCGAGGAAACACCUGAUUAUGAUUUCCUCCGGGAGCUGUUCGCGAAAAAUGCUCCCCCCGCGCCUACACAGCAGCAACGCCGCGAGCUCGACCGAACCGGCCGCGACGAUCGGUCGCGUGCGUCACAGGCAGGUGGUGCGGGACUCGUCGUUUCCCCUUCGCCCGCGCUCGUGCGCACCGGCUCGAAGACGCGGCACCGGGCGAACCUCGGUGCAGGCCAAUCGGCCGUAGCUCGGGUGGACGUCCCGGCGGCGCAGCGACGUAUCAACCAGCAGGGUAGCCAGCAGCCAUACGGGCGCGCGUCGCCAAUGGUGUCGAGCGUGAACGCGGCGCCACAUGCGCUCAGCAACGCGCGCGCGAUGGGCGGCGAGGUCGGCCCUGCGAACGGCGGCGACUACCAGGGACAGCAGGAGGAGCAGCCGGAGAGCACGCUAUGGAAAAUCCUCACGUGUCGCUGUGGAUGA